AUGCAAGACUGCCAGCGAUACAGCUCUGCGGCGAUUCCAAAGCCUCUCCUGCGCGCAGCCUCUCGCUCCUCUCGCUUCUCCUGCUUCUCUCCCUCAUCUCUCCCUCAUCUCCCGGACAUCUCCAAUCAGUUUGUCCGACUGCACAGUGGCGGCACGGGGAGCACAGAGAGACCAGAGGAGCCGCUGGAGGUCUGGAUCAGGACCAUGAGUGAGGCUGCGGCUGCUGGUGCGCGGUGA